AUGCCAGAUCACGGCUUUCUCGUGUCCCAUGCGAACCUUGCUGCCUCGAGUUUCGAAUCCUCUGCGCCUCCAGACCGUCGUCCGUCCGUCUUCUUCCUUCCCGCCUACCGCGUCUUCUCCCCGCCCCCCCCCAUCCACGCCGCCUCGAGUCCGCUUGCUCCGACUGCACUCUCUAGCGACCAUCUCGCCAACGGUUUCUUGCUAAACUCCAUCCUCAACCGCCUUGUACUUACCCAGCCAUCGUCCCUUAGCAAAACUUCUAUUGUCGGCACCGCAAAUCCCCAAACAGCGACAUCUUCGACAACCACUACACGCGGAAUGUUCGGGCAGAACCAUCAACAGGGGCACAAUACCCGCUUGAAUGGCGCACCAGGACGUGGGCAAGCCAUGCCCAUGCUGUACGGUUUCCAACAGCAGUCGGCUCACCCCCACCAGGCUCAUGCCCAACAUCACCAAGCCAUCCAGCCUGACCAUAGCGCCCAUGCCGCAAGUACAGCCGCCCUUAUGGGCCAUUCUGCCUUCUCAAGCGGCGUCCUGCCAAAUGCCAGCCCAUUCUCCAGUGCCAGCAUACCAAAUGGCCAUGCGACCGCGGCGAGAGGUGCCCCGGCCCAGCAGAUCACAGAACACUGGGCCGAGCAACUGCGCCUGCACAAGGAGGCUGAGCGCGCACAUGCCGCUAUGACUGAGCAACACCAACCCCAUUACUAUGCUCGGCUCAAAGCACCUGAGAACAAGGGCAUUGGUGGUUCUUCGCUUGGAGGAGGUUCUGGGAAAGAUGCCGAUGGAGAAGACGAAAGAAGAAGACCGUACAGCGUGAGCAAGAAAAAAGGGCGUCAGGACUGGUUCAAUCUUGACAUGAGCGGUCAGGGUUUGCGCGUUCUUGCCCCUGCUUUGUUCAGCUACGAGUUCUUGCAGGAGCUCUACAUUGCAUCCAACAAGCUAACCUACCUCCCCGCCGAGAUUGGUAGACUUCGCCAACUGCGCCUGCUGGAGGCUUCAAACAACCUCCUUACGGAGCUCCCUCCAGAGAUUGGCAUGUGUACGAACCUGGAGCAGCUUCUCCUAUUUGACAACCAAAUCCGCGACCUUCCCUAUGAGCUCGGCUCACUACACCACCUGAACAUGCUCGGCAUUGAUGGCAAUCCUCUCAACCCAACGCUUAAGGAAGAGAUCAUGGAACGUGGCACAAAAAGCCUAAUCAACAUGCUUCUCGAGCAAGCUCCUGUCCCCAUGCCUCCCGAACCGAGGAAAACAAUUGUGAUCCAAGAAGACGUGUCGCCGAACCUUGAACGUAUCAGGGUGCUUACCUGGAACAUCCUUUGCGACAAGUUUGCCACUACAGCGCAAUAUGGUUACACCCCUACCGGCGCCCUUAACUGGGACUACCGCAAGAAGCGCAUUCUCCAAGAACUGCGCGAAAGAGAGGCCGACAUUUUGUGCCUUCAAGAGAUUGCCACCGAUGUGUUCCGGGAUUACUUCAGUCCAGAGCUAGCUCAAGAUGGCUACAAAGGGGUACACUGGCCACGCCCAAAGGCGAAAACAAUGUCUGAGAAGGAAGCCCAGUCCGUCGACGGCUGCGCCGUCUUCUACAAGGCAAAUAAGUGGAUUUUGCUUGACAAGCAACUUAUUGACUAUGCCAACAUUGCCAUCAACCGUCCUGACAUGAAGAACCAACAUGACAUCUUCAACCGUGUCAUGCCCAAGGACAACAUUGGCCUUGUUUGCUUCCUCGAAAGCAGAGCCACAGGCGCCCGGGUCAUCGUUGCCAACACCCAUCUAGCCUGGGAACCUUCGCUGGCUGACGUCAAGCUGGUUCAAACAGCCAUUUUGAUGGAAAACAUUACCAAGUUGGCUGAGAAAUAUGCCAGAUGGCCUCCUCUCAAGGACAAAAAGAUGAUUCAGGUACCUCUAAGCGAGGGUGAACAAAGAGAAGAGCUGCCUGAGCCUGCACCAUCCCAAGAAUAUCGCAAUAAUACCGACAUCCCUCUGCUUGUCUGUGGUGACUACAACUCAACCACCGACAGCAGCGUGUACGAGCUCCUUUCAAUGGGCCGUGUCGAGCCGGGCAACAAUGACUUUGGCGAUCACCAGUAUGGCAGCUUCACACGGGAUGGUGUUGAGCAUCCCUUCAGCAUGCGUUCUGCCUAUGUUCAUCUCAAUGGCACUCCAGAUGAACUCACCUUCACCAACUAUGUGCCUGGAUUCGCCGAAGUCAUCGAUUACAUUUGGUAUUCCACUAACACCCUUGAAGUUGUCGAGUUGCUUGGUCCUCCGGACCGUGAACACCUCAAGCGUGUGCCAGGCUUCCCCAACUAUCACUUCCCUGCCGACCACAUCCAGAUCAUGGCUGAGUUUGUUAUUAAGGCUCGCAAGGACAAGAAGGCCAUUGUGGAGGCAGACUUUGGCGGCAGCAAUAAGGACUACAAAGAACAUAGCGGUGGCUCAGCUGGUACUUCGGGGGGUGGCGGUGGUAAUGGUAGUGGCAUGAGCAGCGGUAACGGUGAGAAGAAAGAUGGUUAG